UGAGGGCUUCCGAAGUUCCCCCGACCGUCCGCUGCGAAGCGAGGGGGUGACACCGCCCUUACACCGCAGCUCUCCAAAAGGAAGAGGAGGAGGAGGAGGACGGCCAUGGCGGAGGCUGACGAGUUCAAGACAAAAGCCACCGCCACCUCUCCCGUGCCCUCGGCCGGAAACCCUACGCCCGGCUCCGCGGCGGCGAAGUCCCCCAAAUCCCGAGAGGAGGGAGAGCUGUCCUCCGGCGAGGACGCGGAGUUGCCAACUUGUUCAGCUGCUCCAUUUGCCAGCACAAUGUUGAUAGAACCUGUUCAUAGCUCAUCGCAAAGUAGUCUUGCUAGAAGUUUCAAAAGCGGUAAUAGUUUGAGCAUGGCUAAUAGGCAACUUCAGACAUCGAAAACACAAAAUUAUGGUAAAAACUUUAAGGUGAAACACUUGCCAUUUAAGUCCAGGAACAGUCGAACUUUUUCUUGGCGAAAGAAACGGUCUGAUGAUAACCUUGUGAUAAGCUUUUCAGACAAUGACAGUGGAAGUGACUCUGGAGAGUCUAAAACCGAAACAACUGCAGAAAGAAAAGAUAAUGCAAUAAGAGGAGAUAAAUAUGAAAUGUCGGCACAAUUGCAGAUACAAUCAGAAGUAACCCGCUCAACAACAAAUCAACUGGUGUCAAAGAAAGGAUCUGUAAGCCAUGCAUCCAGCUCAUCUUUUGCCAAAAACAACAAUGCCAAUUUUAGGCAUCCAGUAGCCUCUUCAGUUGCCAAGAAUUCUCGCACUCAAAUGCACAUUGCUGCCACUAGGAUUUCCACAAACCAGGUGCAUGGGCAUGUUCGAGAUAUGAAUUUAGCAGGUCAUAGCUUGGAAAGUUUACGUCAGGAAAUUGCUAUGCGAGAAAAUGAACUUGCUCAGAAGAAAUCAGUGGUUCAAAAUAAGGAAAGAGUUAUAGGUUCUCGUGAUGAUCAGUGGGACCAGCGUAGCCGGAAAGUGGAGAAUCAGAUAGCUCAUAGCAGCAGACCUGCAUCUGCUAACACUGGAGAAUUGGCACCUAAUGAGCGACCGGUUAAACGUUUAAAGCUUAAUGAACACUUCAAUGGUAACCAAGCUUCUGAUGGUCAAUUACAAAUGCAGAUAUCUUCUACCAAAUUUUCUGAACUCAGGAGUCAACUAAUGGAAAAAAGUAGUUGGCCCAAAGACAAAACUAACUGGCAUGAAAGCAGCAAAGGGAAUUCUAUAAGCAGAAGUGACAAGGGACAGCAUGAAUCUAGCAGAAAUGUCCCUACAUCAUCUAAAGUUCUGCCUACAAGGCUGGUAGAUAAUGAAAAUUUGGUGGCUGUUUGCAAGACUGGCCCCCCUAUGGUGCACAAUGCUGGGAUGCCUUCUAAGCAAGUGAAUAAUAGUAUUGUUGCUGGUGAUGUAGCUUGUACUUAUGGUCAGCCUGAGAAGGAGACUAUGCCUGUGGAUGCUUGUACAUUGUUAAACCAAAGCUCAUCUUUGGCACAAGUGACACCUGCUGUUGAGAGCACUGAAGUUCAAAAGCAUGUUGGUGUUUCAAGGGGACUUGGUGCUUCCAAUCUGUUUCCAAACAAUCCAGCAUCUUCUAGUAUAGCUAAAGGUGGUCUUAUAAUGCCUAUGGAAGCACCUGGCAAUCCUCUCGACAAGUUUUCAAGCCUUGUUCCAGAUAGUAAAUUAAGUAAUGGUGAGGAUGCAAAUAUCAGGGGUUCAGCUCCAAUGGGCAUUUUGGGAGAGGGGCGUAUGAACUUACAACCUUUAUUGGAGUUGGAGGAGCUACAUGACAAGGAGUUGGAAGAGGCACAGGAGCUUAGACGCACGUGCGAACUUGAAGAGAGACAUGCACUAAAAGCUUAUCGCAAGGCGCAAAGAGCUUUGAUUGAUGCCAAUGAGAGAUGUGCAGCUCUUUAUCAGAAAAGAGAACUGUUCUCUGCUAGACUUCAAGGUUUGCUAAUGGAGACUUCUAGUUUUAUGUGGCCUUCCAGCUGGCAAGAUCAUAGAACACUCUUUGAUUCUGUCAAAUCUGUUCCUAAGUGUAGCUCUGAUAUGUUAUCUGGAUUAGGCAAUCAGAUACCAGCUGAGAGCCAGAUAUUUGAACAGUUGGGCUGUAAGUCUAUUAUUCAAAGCCCAGAAGGUGCUACACUUGAAGCAUCUUAUCAGCAGAUGAAUGGGCAUGAUUCAGGUGAUGACCAAUUCUGUGAACCUGAUGCUAGUACAUCAGACCCUAAAGCAAACAGUGCUGUGAAUGAUGUUUGCACUCCUGCCUACCGUCCCAAUAUAUAUACAGAUGAUGAUGAAGAAAAUUUUCCUUCUGAUAACAGAUCUGUGGAAUCAAGAUUGGCAUGUGAAAUUAAGAUGGGAAAAUUUGAAGAAGAAAAUAUAAAUAUGGAUAUUGAAAAGGAAAGUUUAAUUGCUAGUGAGAAUGCAAAGGACUAUGAUCUUCUUGAAGCUUCUUUAAGGUCGAAAUUGGUUGCACAACUUGGUAUGAGAACAUCGUCCAAGAGUCAUAUGAGCAAUGCAGAACGCGAUGUUGAUAAAGCACAUGGCGAUACUCUUGAAAAUGAGAUGUCAUCAGCUUUUCUUGACCAGCGAAUGCAUGGAAAAGAGAAAAACUGCGUGUCAAGUUCUCAAGGUAUUGAGAGGCCCGGAAAAAGCGGCAGACAGCAAUAUGCACAGCCCUUUGGCCAGAUUCACGGCAAUAAUUUUUCCUUUGAUGAUGAGUCUCAUAGGAAUACCGAUCCUGAACAAAGCACUUUAUUUCCAAGACAAUCUUGCACCACAACUUGCGGACCUGUUUUCUCCUUACCUUCAUCAGAUCUGCAUAAUGUGUCGAGACAUGCAAAGUUAAUACUGCCUGGGUGCUGCAGUGAAUUUGCAACAAUAAAAUAUAAGGAUGAUAUGUUAAGGGAUGCAAACUUUGAAGUCAUGGUUGGUGUGCCAGAUAUUGUAGGAGAGUAUACUUUAGGAUAUAGCAUGCGAUUCCCGGUAGCAAGCAAACUAAGUGAUGACAUGAAUGAUUCUGCACUUGAUCCCUUCUGGCCUUUUUGCAUGUUUGAGCUCCGGGGAAAAUGUAAUGAUGAUGAAUGCCCGUGGCAGCAUGCCAGAAACUGCAUGCAAAGGAAGUUAAAGCAACAUCGUUGUUCAUCUUCCUCUACUUCAGGUAAUCAGCUUGAUCGUCUAUUGGUUGCUGAAAAAUCUAAUAAUGAAAAUGAAUCUCCUCACAAUCUCUUCCAGCACCUUCUGCCUAUUCCAAUGUAUCAUAUUGGUUCAAACCUUGUAAAAGGUGACUCGCAUUUAUCUCAGUCGGUUCUUGCUCAUAGCAACUGGCAAUAUUGGCAAAGGGGGUUCUGUGCUUCCUUCCCUUUACCAGUUUCUGUUCGAAGAAUUCUUCAUCCAGAUGCGCCAUUCUUGCAAACCGGUGAUGGUCCCAUUGCAGAUCAUGAUAAUUGGAGCAGGCAUUCUUUAUAUUUUCGAAGCCAAGAUAGCACAAUGAAGAAAUUCAUGCAAGGGUUGCCUGAUUCUGAACAAUCCUUGGAGUUGGCGCUUUAUUUUUUUUGUGGAAGUGUCUAUAAACCAGACAGGAAGAAGGCUCUCAUGCUGUUAUCCCGAGCCAUGGAAGCUGAACCCAAUUCUGUAAUCCUUUGGGUUGUUUAUCUGCACAUUUACUAUAGGAAGGAGAGUGGCAUUGGGAAAGAUGACAUGUUUUUUCAUGCGGUGCAACACAGUGAGUGUUCAUAUGAGCUGUGGCUUUUGUAUAUUAAUAGUCGGGUGCAGCUUGAUGGACGACUGAAUGCAUAUCAUGAUGCUUUGAGCAUAUUCUGCCACAGGACUGUGACAUGCCAUGAGGAAACAAAAUAUAAAAGUGCAUGCAUUUUAGACAUUUUCCUGCAGAUGAUUGACUUCCUGUGCAUGUCUGGAAAUUUGGAGAAGGCCAUUUGGAAAAUCUAUGAACUUCCUACAGCAAGUUCUGAAUACUCUGGGGACACAUUGCUUUCAGACAUUCCCUCUUACCUGGUAGUAUCUGACAAAUGUAUAUUUUGGAUUUGUUGUAUAUAUCUAGUAAUCUACAGGAAACUUCCACAAGCAGUUACACAACAAUUUGAGUUCGAGAAAGAUCUGCCGUUUAGGAUCCAGUGGCCUUCUGCUCAUUUAACAACUGAUAGGAAAGAGAGGGUUAGAGAAUUGGUGAGAUUUGCUGUGGACAAGAUGACUUCAGAUAUUGAUGAAAACUCCCAAAAAAGAGAUCGAACUGCUCUUAGAGCUUUGCACUGCUUUGCUAUUAGCCACAUUAGAUGUGUAGCGGCACUUGAUGGCUUACACUGUUGUGCUGAUUUGUUGGUCAAGUACAUGAAAUUAUAUCCAACCUGCAUUGAACUAGUUCUGAUGUCGGCUCGAAUGAAGGAAAAUUUUUCAGCAGAUGUGGUUUUGAUAGGGUUUGAGGAGGUAGUGUCUAAUUGGCCAAAAGAAGUCCCUGGCAUUCAGUGUCUCUGGAAUCAAUAUGUUGAACAUGCUAUAGCGCAUGGAAGAAUCGAGCUUGCAGAACAGCUGAUUACCUGCUGGUUUCAAUGUUUUUGGGAAGUUAAAGAUCCACCAUGUAGAAAUUUAGAAGGUAGGGAUGAUGGUUUAUGUAGUUUGUCUGCUUUGCCAUCACAUGUAGAGUCCAAGGGUGCUGGCCAUGCUAACUUGGAAGAUGAUAUUUAUGGCUAUCUAAAUCUCUCUCUGUAUAGAAUGUUCCGAAAAGAUCUAGCAGAAGCUCGCGUUGCUGUUGAUGAAGCAUUGAAACUGGCUUCUCCUGAAUAUUUUGAGCACUGUGUAAGAGAACAUGCAGCAUUAAAUCUGGUGAUUGAGUCAGAGUCUCAAAAAAAAGGUUCAAGUGAAGUUAUAUUGGAUCUUCUAAGUGGUUACUUAGGAGCUUCAUGCUAUUUACGCAAGUCAGAACCACUGUCAAGAAGGUACUACCGAACCAUAAGGAAACCUAGAAUUCGGCAGUUGAUGGAUGGCAUUCUGGGUCCAGCUUCUCUGGACUUUUCUCUAGUGAAUUCUGUUCUUGAAGUGUGUUAUGGCCCAUCACUUAUUCCAGAAUGGGUUAAUGAACCCAAGGAUCUUGUCGAUUUUGUUGAAUCACUAAUGGAAAUUGCACCAGCGAACUAUCAGUUGGCUUUAGUGGUGUACAGAUUUAUAGCUAAAAGUUUCAGGGGCACUGAUCUUGCAUCAGAUGGCAUUAUAUUUUGGGCAAGCACUGUUUUGAUUAAUUCAAUAAUUCAGGCAGUCCCAGUGGCACCAGAAACAAUAUGGCUAGAAGCAGCUAAUCUCUUACAAAAUGCAGAAACUUGGGGAAUUUCCAAAAGGUUCCAUGAGCAUGCUAUAUCAGUUUAUCCUUUCUCUACUAAAUUGUGGCAGUCCUACGUUAAUCUCUUCAAAACAUCUGGGAAUGCAGAUGCAAUAGUAGAAGCUGCAAGAGAACGAGGUGUUGAACUAAGCCAAAUUCCAGACUAGUUAGGCUGCAUGAGUUUCAUGUACAAAGCUCUAACUGUCUGGAAUCUGCUACUGAAAUUGUUCAUUAUUAGGCAUAAUCAUGGUGCCAUACAAGUUGUCUGGCCACAUCUUUUGUUCUUACCUGAUAAAGAUCUGUUAUGUUGUACUAGCAGUUCCUCCAAAAAAUUGUCCAAGAACAUUCUUGAAUCCCUCUUUAAUGGUCCAGCACUAAUUUUUCAUAAGUGCGGUUUUUGGGAUGGCAGCAGUAGGAAGAGGACAUCACGGCAGGAUGAGUUCAUUAGGAAACUGAAUACAUAUACUAGUCACCAUCUGAAUCAGCUUUUCCCCUCUAACCCAUCUCUGCAUAUGUGUUGAAGUAGAUGAUACAAUGCCAUCGUGCAAGUGGCAUGCAAUUUUUGUUACCAAAGUUAUAGUUCCAAUUUUCUUUUGGUUUUUAGUUUGAAAUGUACAUGUCAAAGGGCAUAAUUUUGUCUUAAUUGUGGGGCAAUUCUGUACCAUUUAAAUACUGGAAAAUGUGAAUAUAGAUUAGAAUGUUCCUUUUAAAACAUUAUGCCUGAUUUCAUAUGUUCCCUGAUGGUUGUAUUGUUUUGUUCGCCUUCAAUAUUGGCAACAGUCGAUUUAGUUCUGGUCCAAUUUGACCAUGCUUGUCUCAUACACACAAGCUUUCCUGCCUUUCUCAGUUUGGAAGGCAUCACUGCCACAAAUUUGGCGAUUCUUCAAUGAUGUAAUGCAUUUUUUCAAGAUAUUUAGCAACAAGUUUUUUGAACUCAA